CCGUCCAGCUCGCCGCCGGAGACAACCACCAAACCCACGCGUCCCCUCCCCUCCUCUUUCCACAGCGCGGCGCCGAUGGCCACGGCGCACUACUACCCGCCGCCGCCGCCGCCGAUCGCCCACCCGCUUCCAAGGCCGCACGCCGCCGACAACGCCGUCCCCGACGACGGCGGCAGCGACAGCGAGAGCGUGGCGGAGUCGUCGUGCCCGCACCAGCACCCGCGCCGGCCGACGGCCAGGGACGAGGAGGAGGAGGAGGACGGGUGCAGCGGCAGCUGCGUGGAGGCGGACGAGUACUGGGGCUACUACUACCAGCAGCAGCAGCAUCCGCAGGAAGCCGACGACGAGGAGGAGGUCAGCACGGCGAGCGUCUGGUGGAAGAAGAAACGGGCAGCGGCGGCGGCUGGUAGGGCCGGCGGCGUGUUCCCUUCGUCUUCGUCGGCUGCGGCCCGUCGUGAGGGGGAGGAGAAGAAGGCGGAGGACCCGAAGCGGGCGGCGGCGCGGCAGGAGGAGGACCGCAAGUUCUGGGCGGACUGCCUCGCCACCGGGUACCCAUGAAAGCCAUAGCUCAGCAUAUGCAAAGGCCAUGGCAAAAAGCCAUGAGCGCCGCUAACCGAAACUGCAGCCCGACCCAAGCGUAUGCCUACCUUUUUUUUUUUUUUGAAGGAGUAUGCCUACCUUUGUUUGUUUGUUUGUUUGUUUUCUUUGUACAUACAUAAUAUAUUCAACUCCUCAACAAGUCAUUGGGUGGCGUAUUUUAACCCCCGUAAGCUUUACAGAAA